CGGCGCCCAGUGGCAAGGCAAGGUUACACGGCGGCAGGGUCUCUGCAGGCUGGUGGGUGCGGGGCGGCCCCGGAGGCGCGUUAGAGCUCCGAGCUGGCGCAACCGCCUGUGGAUCUGCCGGGGAUUGGAUCCGACCCACGCUGGGACCAUGUCGCCUGAAGAAUGGACGUAUCUAGUGGUUCUUCUUAUCUCCAUCCCCAUCGGCUUCCUCUUUAAGAAAGCCGGUCUUGGGCUGAAGAGGUGGGAGGCAGCUGCUGUGGGCCUGGGGCUCACCCUGUUCACCUGUGGCCCCCACACUUUGCAUUCUCUGAUCACCAUCCUUGGGACCUGGGCCCUCAUUCAGGCCCAGCCCUGCUCCUGCCACGCCCUGGCUCUGGCCUGGACCUUCUCCUAUCUCCUGUUCUUCCGAGCCCUCAGCCUGCUGGGCCUGCCCACUCCCACGCCCUUCACCAAUGCUGUCCAGCUGCUACUCACGCUGAAGAUCAGACUCGGGGCUUGCCACUCCCCUGCAGCCUCCCUGUGGCCCCUUCACCUCCCCACUUUACCUCCCCCUCCAGCCGCUCCCGGAUUUUACCUCCUGCACACCCUGGGGGUGGGCCGCCACCACACUGCUGCCCUGGGCAUGGGGUUCCCCAUUCACAUGCUCUUGGCAGGUCUUCACCUCCCAGCUCCUCCUGGGGUGAGGAAAUAACCCAUGUGGGGUAACAGUAGGUGCCAUUGGGUGCUUGCUGUGAGCCAGAGGCCCAGCUGGGUGGUUUACCAACAUGCUGUCCUUGAAUCUCUGUAGCUAGCUAUUUUGCAAAGGAGAAAACCCAGCUCUGGGGAGAAGGUACUUGUUGAAGGGCACAAAACUAGGGCAUCCAGGUCUGGCUCCUGGUCACCUGGGAAGAUGGGUGAAAACAGACUCCCAGGGCCCACCCCAGACCCACAGAGUCACAGUUUCCUACUGGAGGCUUAUCUGUGAACACAGCGGUCAUGCU